AUGUCCAAACAAAGAAUCCAACAACUCCCGCUAGACUCCCACAGAGGUCACGAUGCCAUCUUCAACGCAUCCUAUCUCGGCGACAUUCCCAGCGCGCUACAAGAAUGGAAUUCAAAACGUGUGCUACUCGUAGUCAGCAAGGCUCUCGACACAAAAACCAGCAUUGUCUCAGACCUAGAAGCUCGCCUCACCGACAGUGUCAAAUUGGAGCAUUUACAGAAGAAAACCGGCGUAGGAAGCCACUCCCCCUACGCCGAUAUCAUCGACAUUGCCAAUCGAGUACAAACCAACAACAUCGACGCAGUAAUCUCCCUAGGCUCAGGCUCAUAUUCCGACGCCUGCAAAAUCGCAGUUAUGCUAAGCGCAACUCUUCAACCGGGCUUCACAGAGACAGACAUGGAGAAUCUAAUUGAUCAAAAACAUGGUCUCGCCGGGUACGAGAAAUUGAAUGUCCCCACGAGUUUGAGCGCGGGGGAAUGGAAUUCGUACGCCAGCGGGACAAACUCUAGGGGUAAAAAACAGCAUUUCGGACAUGCCAGUGGCUCUCCGACGUUGAUUCUGUGUGAUCCGCGAGUGGCGGCUACGACGCCGGCUCAUCUUUGGUUGGCGUCUGGUGUGAGGGCGGUCGAUCAUUGUGUUGAGGGGUUGGGUAAUGUGAAGUGUCAUGAAGAGGCGUUUAGGCAUUUUGAGAAUGGCUUGAAGUGUUUCGGGGAUAGGAAGGAGUUGUUGGAAGGUAUUUCGGAGUGUCAAGCAGGUUCGAGAAAGGCCUUGCUUCCGUUUAUUAAGUGGCACGUGUCUUUUGGGGCAAGUCAUGCUAUCGGGCAUCAAUUGGGAAGCGUUGCUGGUGUUCAGCAUGGCUCCCACGACCAAGUCCUGAGCAUCUUCAACAAGACCCUCAACUGGCACGAACAGUCGGCUUCAGAUGCAGUAGCCAAAUUCGUCAAGCUCCUGGGCCUACCAACCCGGCUGUCCGAAGUAGGGGUCACGAACGAUGAGCAGAUCCGAAAAAUUGCGGAGAUGGCUUUGACGGAUGUUCUCGCUCGUGAUAACGGGUUGCCAGCGUAUGAGGGGAUUGUGGAGAUACUUGACUCCGCCAGGUAG